AGAAGCGAGCUAGCAGGCGGCAGGCACGGUCCGUGUGCUGAGCAGGCGAGCGAGCGGGAAGACGCAGCCACCUUCCUCACCAGCCAGCCCACAGCGGUUUGUUCCCUUUCUUGGGAGUGCGCCAAUGCCUGGGCCGACCCAAACCCUGUCCCCAAAUGGCGAGAACAACAACGACAUCAUCCAGGAUAACGGGACCAUCAUUCCUUUCCGGAAGCACACAGUGCGAGGGGAGCGUUCCUACAGUUGGGGAAUGGCAGUCAAUGUGUAUUCUACCUCGAUAACCCAAGAGACUAUGAGCAGACAUGACAUCAUCGCAUGGGUUAAUGACAUAGUAUCUUUAAACUACACAAAAGUGGAGCAGCUUUGCUCGGGAGCCGCUUAUUGCCAGUUCAUGGACAUGCUCUUUCCAGGCUGCAUUAGUUUGAAGAAAGUAAAAUUUCAAGCAAAGUUGGAGCAUGAGUAUAUUCACAAUUUUAAACUUCUGCAAGCAUCGUUUAAGCGAAUGAAUGUGGAUAAGGUAAUCCCCGUGGAGAAGCUAGUGAAAGGACGUUUCCAGGACAACCUGGAUUUUAUUCAGUGGUUUAAGAAAUUCUACGAUGCUAACUACGAUGGGAAGGAGUAUGACCCUGUGGAGGCACGACAAGGGCAAGAUGCAAUCCCUCCCCCUGACCCUGGUGAACAGAUCUUCAACCUGCCCAAGAAGUCUCACCAUGCAAACUCCCCCACAGCAGGUGCGGCUAAAUCAAGUCCAGCAUCCAAACCUGGAUCCACACCUUCUCGCCCCUCCUCUGCCAAAAGGGCUUCAUCCAGUGGCUCAGCAUCCAAAUCUGAUAAAGAUUUAGAAACACAGGUCAUACAGCUUAAUGAGCAGGUACAUUCAUUAAAACUUGCCCUUGAAGGUGUGGAAAAGGAAAGGGAUUUCUACUUUGGGAAGUUGAGAGAGAUUGAGCUGCUCUGCCAAGAACAUGGGCAGGAAAAUGAUGACCUCGUGCAGCGACUAAUGGAAGUGCUCUAUGCCUCAGAAGAACAUGAGGGCCACACAGAAGAGCCGGAAGCAGAGGAGCAAGCUCAUGACCAGCAGCCACAGCAGCAGGAAGAGUACUGACCAGUCUCAGCAGCUCUUGACACUUCCAUUGUGCGUGGGAACUUUUCUUCUGGAGAAUUGGAACACGUGCAGCCUCAAGCUCAACAGAAACCAGUUGUUCCCAGUCUGCCAUUACCAUCAACGCACUGUUGCAUAUGCCAGCCACUGCGCUUGGUUCCCAUUUCCUUUGCCAAGAUGCGUUAGCUGACGGCCAUUCUGGCCGCCUACCUGAGAGAUCAUAGGGUCACAUACCUUCAACUUCACCACUUGGCUGCUUGAGAUUGGUUCUGCUCUUUUCCUUGUUUCUUUCCAGAACAACUUUCCCUACCCCAAAACCACUUCCACCACCACCACCCCUUUUUAUCCUGGUGUGAAACAAUGGUAAUUUGAUAUAUGGUAUUUAUAUUGGCAUUUCUCAACCCAGUGUCACUAGAUGUCACACGCAUUUGUGGUGCUUUGAUGUUUGCAAGUCUAACUUUUGAACAUAAAUUUGGUCAAAGAAUUGGAACAAAGGGAAACAGAUACUUGAUAUGAAAGCCAUAAUGACAGUGAUUUGUGUCGUGAAGGGGAAACACAGGGUCAGUUUCUCCCUCUACUCACAGCACUAAAGGGAAAAAAAUGGAUUCAAAACUAGGACUUCAGGGCCCAGCAGUGUUCAUAGAGCAGCAUGUUAGACAACCACACAGUAUGUUGUUAGUUUUGAAAGACAUUUACUCAAGGAAAACACCAUCUCAACUUUUCCUCUCUACGUGUGCCCCUGCCCUCCCGCCCUCCUCCCCAGGUUACCAUGUUAUUUUCUUUCUCAGGGUCCUCUUUGGUGGGCAGCCACUCUCCCAAGAUGUUGUCAUCAGUUAUCUGCAGUCCACAGGGGGUCUUGGUAGGUGCAGGUCCUCCUGGCUGGUCCCUCUUCCUCCUUGUGUGGGUUUCAACCCAAGUUCUAUCAACCACACUAAGGGGUUCCUUCUAAAGGAUAGCUUCAGGUGUGCAGCCCAAGCUCCAGGGUUCUGCAUCAUAUUGCACACUGACUGGAAGGCUGGAAGUUAAGACCUUAUUAGGAGCAUAAUUCCAAGGGAGAAUCCUGGUUCUGCAGUCUGGUGUUGACACUGGAAUAACAGCACAGAAAAACCUAUGACUCUCAAUAUCUUCUGGAAUAAGGAAUUUCCCCUCUUUAACACAAGGGCCCUCCUUGUCAUUGACAUUUGCUAAACCAUGGCAAUUCAUAAACAGAGAAACAUUAAUGAAUUAAAAGCAUUCCUUAUUUUUUUAACUAAUAUUUGCACAUUUUCUUAGUCUCUUUCCAAAUCUUUGCCUCUUCCCCCCACCUUUUGACAGAUGGUAUCCCUUCCUGGAUCAUUCAGUUUCACUUGAUUUCUAAAUUUAGGUUGACUUUCACUUGUUAUUUGACUUAGCAGGUGCAACAACAACAAAAAAAAAAAACAAAUGUGCCCACCCCACUUUCCGCUUAACUGAAAAGCUUAAAAUAAAUUUCUGAAUUAUGUAUCAUAAA